ACUUAUGGUUACCUGGGGGUACAACAUAUAAUAUUCUUGCUUAGCAGAGUACACUAAUAAAAUAUCUACUAGUUUGUACACUACAUUAUUACACUGAGAUAAGAUAAUAGAAAUCUAUUAAAGGCUUGUAAAUGCGAUAUUUUCCACAGCAGGGUCCAUUGUGUACAACUGGAGUACUAAUAAAAGACGUUAGUAUUCAGCAGGUAUUCAGGGAUAUUUAAAAAAUACAAAAUUUCUGUUCUACCGAGUUUCCCAAUCAAAAUCGGAGGCACAUCGGUAAAGGGGAAGAGAAUUAUGAUGGGUGCAGAUAAACAAACAGAGAAAAUUUCUUUAAGUAUACUAGUUUUACAGCGCAAUAUAUUAGGUGGAUGUGAAGAGGCUGUAAACUGGAUUGUUUUCAAGAAUCCAUUAGGACUUCACAGCUCACAUUUGAUGGCUUUUCAGACUUUGACCGACGAAAUCGGUAAAAACAUUAAAAACAACUUUAGGAUUCCACAGCCAAUAAAUGGAAGGCCAGUUUAUUAUCAUGGAAUAGAUCUGAUUAAAAGAAAUAUUAUAAGUUUAGGAUCUGCCGGUGGAACGACCAGAAAAUCUGAACUCCCAAAAUAUGAAGAUUAUGUAAUUAAACUUCCCUGUGACAACUCCUAUAGAAUGCCCUUACUAGCAGUCAUGGCGAAGGCCAAGGACAGAAAACAGUAUGAAGAGUUAUGGAGAAGUUAUCUAUGGAAGGCGAAUUGUAUAUGAUAUACAUCAUGCAAUAUGACCUCAGGAUAGGAAAAUUUAAAAGACAAAGAGUUGAAGCUGACAAAUGAUUAGAAAUAAACUAUUUUUUAGUAUAUAUGUUUGUGCUUUCUUAUGUUUAUUCAUGUAAAAUUAAAAAAGAAUUUUUAAUUUUAUUAUAAUUGUUAUAAAGUGAAUUUCUUCA